UCUUUUAACCUAGAAUUUUAGUCCGCUUCAUGCUGGAGAAUUGCUAGAAAAAGAACAGCAUAGCAUAAAUUAUGUUCAGAAAAGGUACAUAAAUAAGAUUUACAUUACCCUUCGUUCUAAAAUGAUUGUCCAUUUGCUUGGUGAUGAUUAUAGAUAAGUUUCCAUCAAUAGUACCUAUCAAAACAACCUCAAAACUUUCUUCGUACACUAAUACUUAUAUUUGAUAGCUAAGACAGCACUUAGAACUUUUCUAAUGUUGCCGCUUCAGAUCUAUCAAAAGAUAACCAAGGUUCCUACUUACUCCUGUCGUAUUUGAAUUGGAAUUAUUACAAUCAUUAUCAAGAUGAAUGCUGGUAGGAUUUUUUUCACUUUCAUCAAUGGUUAUCUCAUUUCCUAGUAAGGGAGAUUAGUUGUACAAUCCAGAUGUAUGUAUAAAAAUAUUACCUGAUGGAACUUAGCAGGAGACAAAUUAAUUAUUCAAGAUUGUUAAGAAAAAUCCACAUGAAAGGAGCUCAGGUUAAUCACUCUUAUAUGAUUUCCUCUUAAUCGGAUUCACUAAAAUAUUUUAUGAUAAGACCUUAUAGAUAAAAGAAGGGUGCAUUUUUUGGACUUUUGCCCCCUAAUUUUUUGUAAUGCAGGGGUUGGGGCAGGCCUUGGGGCACUAUUUUUAUGUCUUGUCUUAUGGGGGCUGUACAAAUAUAUCAAGAAGAGAAAAGAAAUCAAGCUUAAAGAGAAGAACUUCAAACGUAAUGGCGGUCUUUUGUUGGAAAGUGAGCUAUCUUCUGAAGGCCAUGUAGAGAAAAACAAAUUGUUCAACUCCAAGGAUCUAGAAAAGGCUACUAACAAUUUCAACGAGGAUAGGAUACUUGGGCGAGGUGGACAGGGUACUGUUUACAAAGGAAUGUUAACGGAUGGAAAAAUAGUUGCUAUUAAGAAAUCGAAAGCAAUAGAUGAGGGCAAAGUCGAACAAUUCAUAAAUGAAGUCCUCAUUCUCUCACAGAUCAACCAUAGGAAUAUCGUUAAGUUAUUGGGGUGUUGCUUGGAGACAGAAGUCCCACUUUUAGUAUACGAGUUUAUACCAAAUGGGACUCUAUACCAAUAUUUGCAUGACCCAAUGGAAGAGUAUCAUGUCUCAUGGGACAUACGCCUACGAAUUGCAACUGAAAUUGCAGGAGCCUUAUUCUACUUGCAUUCAGCAGCCUCAAUUCCCAUUUAUCAUCGAGACAUCAAGUCCACUAAUAUCCUCUUGGAUGAGAAAUAUCGAGCAAAAGUGGUAGAUUUUGGUACUUCCAAGUCUGUUUCCCUCGAUCAAACUCAUGUAACCACGUUGGUGCAAGGGACUUUUGGCUACCUAGAUCCUGAGUAUUUCCAAUCAAGUCAAUUUACAGACAAAAGCGAUGUGUAUAGCUUCGGAGUUGUUCUUGUUGAACUCUUAACAGGACAAAAGCCAAUCUCGUCGCUAAGGGAACAAGAAGGCAGAAGCCUUGCUACCUAUUUCAUAAUUUCAAUGGAAGAAAAUCAGUUGUUCGACAUUGUAGAUGCUCAAGUUUUGAAAGAAGGUAAGAAGGAAGAGAUUGCAUCAGUUGCUGACCUUGCAAAAAGAUGCUUGAACUUGAAUGGGAGGAACCGGCCUACAAUGAAAGAAGUGGCAAUGGAGUUAGAGGGGAUGAGAAAGCUCCCAAAUCCUUUGGGUAUUCAACAAAAUCAAGAGGACCGGGAGGUAGCUGAAUCUUAUGCUACUACAUGUAAGUCCAGCAAGUCAAAUAUUGACGCUGAUGUCACUACAUUUUCGGAUGUGCAGCCAUUCUUACCUAGUGAGACCUGGUGAAGAUCUGCUUUGCCUCUUACACUUGUGAGUUAUAUUGCUGCGUUUGUAAUGGAAAUCAGUCUUCAGAGCAAAGAAAGAGAAGAGAGAAAUGAGGAAAGCUUGUUAAUUUACUAAUAGGAGGAUUUUGGUUAGUUAUUUAUUGGUAAUGAACUAGUACUCGGUGUUUGGGAUCAAUGAACUAUUAAGUCAUGCCAAUCCCAAGUUUAUUCUAGUUUUGUAAUUAGCAUGAUGCUGUGAUUUUAGCUCAUCUUGAGAUCUUUAAAUACUUGCUGUCAAUUCGGUUGUUGCAAAACUUACAUCUGUCAUGCAGUGGACCAGCUUUUGCAAUUCAAUUAGAUUUGUACUUGCUGAGAAGGAAAAACAAGAAUGACGUUUCCCUUCCGAAAAGAAGGUGAACUUGCAUCCGCCUUCCCCACCCGGCUCUUCCCUGAAGAACACACUGAAUUGCUGAUGGCAUAAAGGGAUUGUUGCCGGUUGCCGAUGCUCCGACUACUUAGAUCCUCACUACGUGAUGUAUCAAACUCACCACCCGAACUACAUAUAUCAACAUCAAAAAACCCCACUAGUUGCAGAAUUAUCUCUCCCGAUCCUAGCCAACCUUACUUGUCAAUUUUCAAUGGCAAAAACGGAAACAGUAAAAAAUCAAUCGCGCAUGGACCAACUUGUAUAUAAGAGAUAUUUACUCCUCAUUUU